GUGAGGUGAGUAGUGGCCCGGCUCCCGAGAGGAGAGCCUUCGGCCCGAGCGGCUGGACUGGGUGGGAGUGCUCGGCGGGAAGCAGGCUGAGGGGAACCCCUGGCUCUGUGGGGGGAAGGAGGCAGAACGGGCUUGCUGGAGAAGGGCGGGGGCGAGAAGGAGCAGGGUGGGCAGACCUGCUCUGAGGUGAGGAGUUAGGUCGGACUUGGUGGGGCGGGGGCCAGUAGGGUAGACAGUAAAGACCGGGGCAUGGGGGUUCCGGGGGCUCGUAGCUUAGGAAAGUAAGGGAUUCCUUCGGAAGAUGGGGGUUCUGCUACCUGCUCAUUCAGAAGACCGCGUUCUGCCUCCCUCCCCUUCCCCUCCGCCCCCCAGCCCCCCCACCGACGCUGACGCCUCCUCGCUGUCGUAGUUGACCAUUUGGUGUAGUAUUUUGUCUGACUUGAGCACACAUUCUCCAUUUCCUCCAAAAUGGCACUGUCUAAGCGGGAGCUGGAUGAGCUGAAACCAUGGAUUGAGAAGACAGUGAAGAGAGUACUGGGUUUUUCAGAGCCCACGGUGGUCACAGCAGCGUUGAACUGUGUGGGGAAGGGCAUGGACAAAAAGAAGGCGGCUGAUCACCUGAAACCUUUUCUUGAUGAUUCCACUCUCCGAUUUGUGGAUAAGCUGUUUGAAGCUGUGGAGGAAGGCCGAAGCUCAAGACAUUCCAAGUCUAGCAGUGACAGAAGCAGAAAGCGAGAGUUAAAGGAGGUGUUUGGUGAUGACUCUGAGAUCUCAAAGGAAUCAUCGGGGGUAAAGAAGCGGCGAAUACCCCGUUUUGAGGAAGUAGAAGAGGAGCCAGAAGUGAUCCCUGGACCUCCGUCAGAAAGCCCCGGCAUGCUAACAAAGCUCCAGAUCAAACAGAUGAUGGAGGCAGCAACACGACAAAUCGAGGAACGGAAAAAACAGCUGAGCUUUAUCAGCCCCCCUACACCUCAGCCAAAGACACCUUCUUCUUCCCAACCAGAGCGGCUUCCAAUUGGUAACACUAUUCAGCCCUCCCAGGCUGCUACCUUUAUGAAUGAUGCCAUUGAGAAGGCAAGGAAAGCUGCUGAACUGCAAGCCCGAAUCCAGGCCCAGCUGGCAUUGAAGCCAGGGCUUAUUGGCAAUGCCAACAUGGUGGGCCUCGCUAAUCUCCAUGCCAUGGGCAUAGCUCCACCGAAAGUAGAGUUAAAAGAUCAGACUAAGCCUACCCCACUUAUCCUGGACGAGCAAGGCCGCACUGUAGAUGCGACAGGCAAGGAGGUGGAGCUCACACAUCGCAUGCCCACCCUGAAGGCAAACAUUCGGGCUGUGAAGAGGGAACAGUUCAAGCAGCAGCUAAAAGAAAAGCCGUCAGAAGACAUGGAGUCUAACACCUUUUUUGACCCCCGAGUCUCAAUUGCCCCUUCCCAGCGCCAAAGACGCACUUUUAAAUUCCAUGACAAGGGCAAAUUUGAGAAGAUUGCUCAACGAUUACGGACAAAGGCUCAAUUGGAGAAGCUGCAAGCAGAGAUUUCACAGGCUGCUAGAAAAACAGGCAUUCAUACUUCAACUAGACUUGCCCUCAUUGCUCCUAAAAAGGAGCUAAAGGAAGGCGAUAUCCCUGAGAUCGAGUGGUGGGACUCAUACAUCAUACCCAACGGCUUUGACCUUACAGAGGAAAAUCCCAAGAGAGAAGAUUAUUUUGGAAUCACAAAUCUUGUUGAACAUCCAGCCCAGCUUAACCCUCCAGUUGACAAUGAUACACCAGUUACUCUUGGGGUAUAUCUUACAAAGAAGGAGCAGAAGAAACUUCGGAGGCAAACAAGGAGGGAGGCACAGAAGGAGCUACAAGAGAAAGUCAGACUAGGCCUGACACCUCCUCCAGAGCCCAAAGUGAGAAUCUCAAAUUUAAUGCGAGUAUUAGGAACUGAAGCAGUUCAAGACCCUACAAAGGUAGAAGCCCAUGUCAGAGCUCAGAUGGCAAAGAGACAGAAAGCGCAUGAAGAGGCCAAUGCUGCCCGAAAACUUACAGCAGAACAGAGAAAGGUCAAGAAAAUUAAAAAGCUUAAAGAAGACAUUUCACAGGGGGUGCACAUAUCUGUGUAUAGAGUUCGAAAUUUGAGCAACCCAGCCAAGAAGUUCAAGAUUGAGGCCAAUGCUGGGCAGCUGUACCUGACAGGGGUGGUGGUGCUGCACAAGGAUGUCAACGUGGUGGUAGUAGAAGGGGGCCCCAAAGCCCAGAAGAAAUUUAAGCGCCUCAUGCUACAUCGGAUAAAGUGGGAUGAGCAGACAUCUAACACAAAGGGAGAUGAUGAGGAGGAAUCUGAUGAAGAAGCUGUGAAGAAAACUAACAAGUGUGCGCUAGUGUGGGAGGGUACAGCCAAAGACCGGAGCUUUGGAGAGAUGAAGUUUAAACAGUGCCCUACAGAGAACAUGGCUCGUGAGCAUUUCAAAAAGCAUGGGGCUGAACACUACUGGGACCUUGCACUGAGUGAAUCUGUGUUGGAGUCCACAGACUGAGACUACUGCUAGCCCUUCUGUCUUCUUUGCCUUUGUUUCUUCUGUCUUCUCACUCUACUUCCCAACCUUACUCUACUGUGCGUGUGAUCUCAGAACUGUGCCAGGCUGAUUCCGGGCAAAAAGACUGCCAAGUUCACCCAGUCAGCCUGGUGCUACCCUUCAUCCUGUAUGUGCAUAUGAUUAAAGAGUUAUUUUUAAAA